GGUGGGGUGGGGUGGGGGUGGGGGGUGGGGGGUGGGGAGGGGAUCCCAUUCAAAAGGUCAGAUGAUUUUUUUUUUUUUUGAGCUGACGCUGAUGUUAACUGUUUGUUUUGAUUGUAUAUAUGUUUAAAGUUCCCCACUUUAGAUGUAGUUAAAUUAUAAACAUUUAAAUAAAAGGCACACAUGCCUCAUAGAUUUAUUAUUUUAGUAGCAACCAGCAAGCACCAUGUGUAUAUAAUUUUUUUUUUCCUUUUCCCAAAUAGCAACUCUGAAUGAUUGCUAGUCAUUUGUAUGUGAUGAAAAUGUCGACUUGCGUGUGCCGUAAGUUGGUUUAACUAUGGGCGAGGUUGACUUAUAUAAAACUAUACCGAUGUUCAAUACGUAAGCCUCCUUAAAUGUGAGAUCUAAUCUUUAAAUAAAGAUAUGUUACCUACUAUAAUAUAUAAAAAUGACACGAUGGUUGGAUUUACAGUGAAAGUGUAUAUUACACAAAGAAAAAUGGUUGGACAAUAUUAGUUUGGUUGAAGACACAAAGAACGUGCAACAUUUUCAAUUCACUACAUGCAAAGACUAUUGACAAUUUUGUAGAAAGUUCACAAGUAACCUAUGCCUAAACCACUUUACAUAAUCCUCCAUAUCUAUAAGAUUAACACACAACUUUCACAUCUUCAUGCCAUAAUUUCCAAUAUUUCUCAUAGCUCAUCAUCAAACACAACUACAUGGAAUUAUUAACGUUGUUAGUUUGCUUGGUUUUUUCUUGGACAUUCAUCCAAACAUUUAGGCAGAAAAAUAAGAAAGGCCCAAUUAAUUGGCCUAUUAUUGGUGCAGGCUUGGAACAAUGGGUGAAUUUUGAUCGAAUGCAUGAUUGGCUUGUCGAGUAUUUGGCUGAGUCUCCAACUGUUGUUGUACCUGCGAUGACUACAACUUAUACUUACAUUGCUCAUCCAGCUAAUGUCGAACAUGUUCUCAAAACAAACUUUGAUAAUUAUCCAAAGGGUGAAGUGUAUCAUUCAUAUAUGGAAGUGUUGCUUGGAGAUGGCAUCUUUAAUGUGGAUGGUGAGCUUUGGAGGAAACAAAGGAAGACUGCUAGCUUUGAGUUUGCUUCAAAGAAUUUAAGGGAUUUCAAUACUGUAGUUUUCAGGGACUAUAGUCUUAAACUCUUUAAGAUUCUAAAUCAAGCAUCUUUCAAGAAUGAGCAAGUAGACAUGCAGGAUCUCUUGAUGAGGAUGACUCUGGACUCAAUAUGUAAGGUGGGAUUUGGUGUAGAGAUAGGAACAUUGGAUCCAAAUUUACCAGAAAAUAGCUUUGCAAAGGCAUUUGAUGCUGCAAAUGUCAUUGUGACACUAAGAUUCAUUGACCCUUUGUGGAAAAUCAAGAAAUUUCUCAACAUAGGAUCAGAAGCCAUCCUUGAUCAGAGUAUUAGAACAAUUGAUGAUUUCACAUAUUCUGUCAUAAGAAAAAGGAAAGCUGAGAUAGAAACAAAUGAGAAAGUUAAUAAGCAUGACCUAUUGUCAAGGUUCAUUGAGCAAGGGAAAGAUCCUGAGAACAAUAUGACUGAUAAAAGCCUGAGAGACAUUGUCCUGAAUUUUGUCAUCGCGGGUCGCGAUACAACUGCAACGACUCUGUCUUGGGCUAUAUACAUGAUUAUGACUCACGAGCACGUAGCGGAGAAGCUGUACGAGGAGCUGAGAUCGUUGGAACAAGUCCGCGCUAAAGAAGAGAACGUGUCGCUGCAUCAGUAUGACGCAGAGGAUCCUGAAUCAGUCGAUUCGAGAGCAAUACAAUUCGCAGGGCUCCUUAAUUAUGAUUCAUUGGGAAAAUUAUACUAUUUGCAUGCUGUGAUUACAGAGACUCUUCGAUUGUACCCUGCUGUUCCUCAGGAUCCUAAGGGAAUAUUGGAAGAUGAUGUUUUACCAGAUGGAACAAAGUUGAAGGCUGGAGGGAUGGUGACCUAUGUACCUUACUCUAUGGGUAGAAUGGAAUACAACUGGGGUUCUGAUGCAGCUUCAUUCAAUCCUGAGAGAUGGCUUAAAGAUGGGACUUUCCAAAAUGCAUCUCCAUUCAAAUUUACUGCUUUCCAGGGAGGGCCAAGGAUAUGCCUGGGGAAGGACUCAGCAUAUCUUCAGAUGAAAAUGGCACUUGCAAUUUUGUGUCGAUUUUACAAAUUCAAGUUUGUGCCAGGUCAUCCAGUCAAGUACAGGAUGAUGACCAUCUUAUCAAUGGAACAUGGACUAAAGCUUACAGUUUCACUGAGAUCUUGAAAAUCAACAUAAUGUGUAAAUGUUUAUGCUUGCCAGCAUGUAAGAAGCGUUAAGUAGAUUUUAAUUGCAAUUUGUAACUAAUUUAAUUGCAAAUUGUAACUAACUUAUAUGGUUAAA